AUGCGUCUCAUCUCUCAGGAUACUAUGUCACAGUAUUCUACUAACUUUCUCUUGCUCCCCAUACCAGAGUAUCCUGUAUUAGACUGCGUGCCCAACAAAAUCAUCAAGCUCGUGGUACUGGGUGGCAGUAGCGUUGGCAAGACAGCCCUGGUUGUGCGCUUUCUCACGAAGAGAUUUAUUGGAGACUAUGAAGCCAAUACUGGUGCUUUGUAUUCAAGAAAGUUCACCAUAGAUGGGGAACAGAUCUCUCUACAGGUGCAGGAUACUCCCUUUGUUUCAUUGGAGGAUGACACUGACAGCAUAUGCUGCCAAGAGCAGAUAAACCGUUCAAUCUACUGGGCAGAUGGCUUCGUUUUUGUUUACUCCAUCACAGACUAUGAGAGCUACCGAGUCAUCCGUCCCCUACACCAGCACAUCCGCAAGAUUCACCCGAAUGCUAACAUUCCCCUGCUUCUGAUGGCGAACAAAGGAGACCUCCUGCGAGCCAGGCAGGUGUCCUCCAAAGAAGGACUCCAGCUGGCCAGUGAACUGGGAGGUACUUACUAUGAAGUCUCAGCCCGGGAGAACUGUGAGGGAGUGCAUGAAGCCUUCCAGCAGCUUUGCCAGGAGGUCAGCAGGAUGAUUGGGAGCUGCAAUGGAGAGAAACGGAGAGGCCUCCACCUUGUCCGACCCAAGUCUCCAAAUAUGCAAGACUUAAAGAGACGUUUGAAACAGGCUUUGACUUCCAAAGGGAAAUCUGCCACUACACUUUGAUGUAGCCGACAGAAAUUGUUUUCCACAGCCCUGAAAAAAAGGCAAGAAAAUAAGCUGGUAAUAAGGGGCAUUGCUGAAAUUCAGCAAUCAGGUUGUGCGAGAGGCUCUUUCAUUUUGUCUUUACAUCUUCCUUAAAAAUCCUGUGCUU